AUGGCUUCUUCUGCCAGUACUCUCAACAACUCGUCCACUAUAUCUCCUUCUACCAGCACCCUCAACAACUCGUCUGCCAUGUCUCCUUCUACCAGUACCCUCAAGAAGCUCACCAACAAGCUGAGAGCCAAACUUGACAAGGCGAAGUGCAAAGUGCACAAGAAGCGGGCCUCCGACAAACCCAGCGAGGUCGCCAUCAAGCCAAACCACAACAACGAGCAGGGUCAGCCCAUCAUCAUGGAGCCCAAGCUCGCUGAAGAGGGGAUCCUGGACAUUACCACCAAUCCAGAGCAUACCAAGCAGCAGGAUCAGGUCAUCACCGUCCACCCCAUGAGCGCUGAAGAGGAGGACCAGGCUACCACCAUCAAGCCGGAGUACACCGAGCAGCAGGAUCAGGUCAUCGCCAUCCAGCCCAAGAGAACUGAAGAGGAUAGCCAGACCGCCACCAUCAAUCAAGAGCACACGAACGAGGAGGAGCAGAACAUCACCAUGAACCCCAAGCGCGCUGGAGAGGAGGGCCAGAAGCUCGAUCACCCAAGCACCUUCCAGAAACUCAACAAACAAGAGAAGGCAGCAAAGCGGGCGGCGAGGAAGCAGGCGAGAAAGGACAAGUGGGCUGCCCGACGAACAAACUUCAAGACCAAGGCGAAGAAGCUCGCAGAGGCUCUGUUCCUUCCGGUCGCGGUGGUGCUUGGCAUCGUGUUCGCUCCGCUGAUUCUGGUGUUCGACCUUUUCCUCUGUGCGGUCAGGUCGGUGGUAUGGCUGGUGGUGACGGCCUUUGAGCUCAUGUGUGCGCCGUUGCUGGUGUGCUUCCUGUGCAAGUGA